GGAGAGUUCAACGGUCCGCGACGCUUCCGGCGCUUGCUUGAGCGCUUUCGACGCGAACGCACCGUCCGUUUGUUGGGUUUUUCGGGAUCCCGUUGGCCGAAUUCGAUUCGGGUUUUCAUUUGUCCGAUGUGGUUUUGCUUCUCGUGGAUGGAAAUUGGUGCGUAGGGUCGUCUUCGGAGCGGGGAAUGAACCUUAGCUACGUUUGAUGAUGUGGUCGAAAGGAAGAGUUUUGGACUGAGUACCGGGGGUUUUUCUAGUUCGCACGUAGAAAGGAACUGAAGGGAAUGUGUUCUUGCGUGGGUUUAUCUCGAGGAACUUGCAUUGUUUUCUUCUCUGUGAAGCUCGUACUUUUCUCUUUCAAGCGAUGUAGAGCCCUCCUACCUCCCCCAAACAAAACAAAAAGAAAAGGGUGAUGUAGAGCAAAAGUCUCAACCUAAAAUUGUAACAAAGCCUUUCAAAUAUGAUCGGGCAUGGUGCUAAAUACAUAUCUUCAGGCUAUAGGCUUGCUGCGAGAAUGAAUGAUGAAUGAUGAAUUAACCGUUGAGAGCAAUCCCGAGGUGAAACUCGCAACGAAUUCUUGCCGGUCAAAACUUACUGAAACCAGGAAUUUGGUGUCUGCUAAGGUUUGAUGCGAGAGGUGGAGUAGGGUUGUUUUUGGAGGUCACGGUCUCAAAGUGAGGGGAAUCAGGUUAAGCUUUGUAUGAUAAUGGAGGAUCUGUGUUCAGCUCUUUGUAGAAGACCGUGCUGAGGAUACACUUUAAUUACAUUUUUGAAGGAAGAGAAAUAAAAAUCAACUAACGGUCCGGUAAUUAGAAGUCUUGUGCAAUUUGGUCUUAGGCCCUUUCAUCAGGAUUCCUCUAGCGGAUUUGAUAAGCUAAAGCAGUGAAAUAUAUUGUUAAUAGUCCUCAUGAGGUUAUGGUCCCCUAGUACAUUACCAGAUUGGAGAGCAAAAUAAUUUUUGUAAAUAAUACUGUAAGAUUCGGUUGAAGCUAGUUUGUGUAAAUUUAUCGAGCCCAAUUUAAUUGUGCACUGCUUUCUCCUUUAGUGUAUUUGCCUGUGAUUAUGAAACUUUUUUAAGCAAUUAUGCGUCUUUUUUACUAUUGGUCCCGAGUCUAAAGAUUGAGAAUUAUAGAAGUUUACACCCAUUAGAAGCGGUUUGAACUGUGAACUGUUAGUAUUAUAGACCUUUUCUUUUUUUCUUUUUUAUCCUUACAGAAUCGAUGGAAUUUUCUGCAAGUAUGCAGAGUGCAUUUUCAACAGCAGAAGUCACUGGUGCAGGAUAUUCAAAAAUUGGAGAUCACGAGGAAUCAAUCAUGAGCGAUGAUGGACCACUCGCUAAUGAAUUACAUUUAUUGAAGCUUGGACGCUGGCAGUGGUGGAUUUUAGUCGUCGGUAAUAUUUUCUUCCUCAUAGCAGGACAAGCUGCUGCUGUUCUUCUUGGAAGAUUUUAUUAUGACCAGGGUGGAAAUAGUAAGUGGUUGGCGACACUUGUUCAGACGGCUGGUUUUCCGAUCCUAUUCAUCCCAUUAUACCUUAUGCCAUCAUCACAGGAGGCUUCAGUUUCUCCUAGUGCACCUUCUUUCAGAAUUCUCGCUUCGGUCUACUUCUUCCUAGGAGUGCUCUUAGCUGGUGAUAACAUGUUAUAUUCCACAGGCCUAUUAUACCUCACCGCCUCUACAUACUCCCUUAUCUGUGCUUCCCAGUUGGCAUUCAAUGCAGUUUUCUCAUAUUAUUUGAACUCACAGAAGUUUACUGCGCUCAUUCUGAACUCUGUGGUUGUUCUUACCUUAUCUACUGCCCUCGUUGCUGUCAAUGAUGAUUCGGAAGGACCAGCUGGAGUUUCUAAGGGGAAGUAUAUCCUUGGCUUCUUAUGCACCCUUGGAGCUUCUGCACUCUACUCUCUUUUGCUUUCCCUCAUGCAACUCUCUUUCCAGAAGGUCCUUAAGAAGGAAACGUUCUCUGUAGUUUUGGAGAUGCAAAUAUAUACAUGCCUUGUUGCUACUUGUGUUUCUGCUGUGGGUCUGUUUGCGAGUGGCGAAUGGAAGACCCUGCAUGGAGAGAUGGAGAGUUUUGGAGAGGGAAGAGCUUCUUAUGUGCUUACUGUGGUUUUCACAGCCGUGUGUUGGCAGGUCUGUUCAGUGGGCGUUGUGGGAUUGAUAUUCAUCGUGUCUUCUCUGUUUUCCAAUGUCAUCAGUACUGUUGGUUUGGUCGUUACUCCGAUUGCUUCAGUGAUGGUCUUUCACGACAAGAUGAACGGUGUCAAGGUGGUUGCCAUGCUUCUGGCUCUUUGGGGUUUCGCAUCAUACAUAUAUCAAAACUAUCUCGAUGAUUCUAAAGCAAGGAGAAUGCUGUUGGAAGUGGACGAAACUCGUAAUGAUUCUGUCUGCUGAUCUUCCUGUUGAUUGAAUUUGUAAAUAACUCUUUCGUGUAUUGGAUGGAUCCUCAUUACUAGUUGUCAGUUGUGGUUAGCAACCUUCUUAGUUUCGAGCAUUUUGUCUGCAGAAAUAAUGAUCUGCAGCCAUUUUGAAAUUCAUGAUGAGCUCUCAUUAUGUAAUUCUGCUAUUGUCUGCACUUCACAGUGGGCUCUCUUUCCUCUUGGCAAGAUUGCCCAGUUAUAUUAACUUUAGUGACCUUAUAAGAAAUGAAAACAAUUUGUUGCCAUCGA